AUGCCUCCCACAUCUGAAGACGAAAUUCCUGAAGACGCUGAGGAAUGGUUUGAUAUGGUUCAAGAGGCCAACGAAAUUAGUUCGAAAGCUUCGAUGCAUAUUGCCCAUACCAACUAUCAUUCAGGAUCAAGAAUCCGUCACUCGGAGUUCCUUCACCUUCGAGCCUUUUGGCAGCCGCACGAGGAAGGCGUUCAUGUCUUGCGUCAUUACAUGAGCGAUGCUGAAGUGGAGGGCUCGAGCUUUAAAGGCUAUGUUUCCCCGAAGAACAUGAAUCUCGCCGGUAUCAUCUGCCGAAAUCUCAGCGGCCACUGGCGCGAAUAUCGCGCUCAAAUCAACGCAAAUGCCAGUUAUCUUACCUCCGACCAAAGCGCGGGCCCCUGGUCCUUGGUACGUAUGUGGCAGUGUCUUGUCGCUCUGCACACCAAGAAAUCCGAUCGGCAGAAGAGUCCAGACAUUGAAGACGACUACAGCCACAUCAUCAAGACCGGUUAUACCUACAAGGCCGAGUCCCGAAGCAGCGGCGUGACAAGAGAACCCCAAAGCGCGCAGUUUGUUAAUCUACCGCUACAAACUCCUGAACGUAGGUCGCGGCCCGCAGUGGCAAUACAUGGCACGCCGGCGGCUAUAUCUUACAGCAGCGGGAUGUCGGUGCCCGGCAACGUUCAGUCGGUGGACGAGAUGUACUCCAACAUGGCGCUCCUCUUGUUUUUGCAGGCAGCAACCACCGAGGCCUCCGAAUACUUGGAGAACAUGACCUGGAUCCCGCCUCGGCUUGCCCUCAAGCUCACGGCCGCCACGGCCGCGGGAAACGGCGCCAAGAUCGUUGAGCUCAUGAGGGCACUAGUCGACGGCUACCUGUGCAAGCGCCACGGCAGAGAAUUUGAGGAUGCGCCGCUAGCCAUCUGCGAGGCGAAGCCGUUCGUACGGAGUGAGCAUAUUUCUAAGACGCAGCGCCAAGAGACAGCCGAAAUGGCAUCGUGGAUCGCACAUCACGGCGACAGCAAAAACGGCCUUCUGCAAGAUUCCGCGAGUGGAAGGAAACGCCGCCUCAUGAUAUCGCAGGACCGCCACGAGAUUUACAUCAUCAUCGGCGAGUACGGUGAUAAGUAUCAAGACUACAUCAGGGGCAAGAUAGAGCUCAAGGCCACGGCAGAUGAGCCGACCACCUCGCACGAGUACCAAAGUCAUCGUCAUCAGGCAGCGGGCUCCGAAGCUACCGUAAAACUAGCUCGAGCAAUUGAGGACAUUUACUUUCUAGACGACCAGCCGACGCAACAGCAGCAACAGAAGGGUCAGAAGGGUCAGAAGCGUACAGAUUCAACGGCGUCAUCGAAUACCUCUGUUCGCACCAUGUCCACUCGUGCGCGUACGAAGGCGGCCAAUGACGCACCUCAGGCAGACGAAUUCCUCAUUAUGCAUCAAUUUGGGCCGUUUCUGACCCACAAAGAUGACCACAUGGAGAUUCUUUUGCGCCGGAUCGUUGCCUUUAUGCUGGAGCUGCGCGGCGACGAGAGCCAGAGGUCUACCAGCCAGAGGUCUACCGAGAAAGAAAUCCUUGGCAGAUUUCCUCCGCCUAAUGAAGAAUUCCUCGCGCAAGAUCUGUCACGGUCGUUUCCGCCGCGUUCCGAGAUGAAGAUGCACCCUUCUGAGAAAUACCGAUACUGA